AUGGAGAGCUUACGGGAACAGUCUUUUAAGAAGUUAAAACCGCCCUGUGUCGAGCUGAGUGCUGUUGGCUUAAGAUUCCGAGGCCGUCAAGCUACGUCGAACGAUGUCUUUCGAUCCCUCGAACCUGUUCACCGCGUUCUGAAAGAGCUCUCCGAGUCCGGCUGUCUUGACGAGAAACUGGCUGAAUACGCAUUUUUUCCUCUGACAAGUAUCUUCAAUGAAACACAAAGGGUCUCUGCUAGGUGUCUGGAAUUAGCUGUUGAUUGUCUGACCAUACUUGUGGCCAGAGGAUGGCGACAACGCUUGUCACCUCCGAUGGGAAAGCAACUUGUCAUCCUUCUCACCCUCAUUAUCGGCGGUUCUCCGAGCGGUGAUGAACAAUCUCGGCCAGAAGAAUUGGCUAUAGCCGGGUUUAAAUGUCUUGCUACAAUUUUCAACGUCUUGGAGGGGCCUGUCGCGGAGCGGACGAUAUUUCACGAGAUUGGCACUGCAACUGUCGUCGACCAAACUGUAUACGUUUUGCUGGAAGGAAUCCUUGAUGAUAAAUCCGAUGAAUUGUGCAUCUUCGCUGCAGAUGCUCUUGAAGGGCUCUACAUGCGCAUCACUGAUCGGGUUGUGUUGGCUAGUAUUAUGCCGCGAACAAUAUCGGCUUUGACAAAAUCUCUCAAACCAACAACUCAAAUAAGACGUUCAUAUCGUCUCAUUGAGAUAUGCUUACGGGUACUUACUCGGGUUCUAAAUCUGGUUCUCAACGAUCAGGCUGCAGCCUCACCUCCAGAAAAGCUAGCGCAGCCCUCGGAUCCAACCGAAAGACCAGUGCUUGAUGAGUCUUGGUUGAAGGCGACCACUUCCCAGGUGAAGUUGGCUUUGGCCAACGUCUUUCAAACACGCCGCCACCAACGACCAGAGGUGAAGGCUGCACUUCUUGAGCUUUGCACUACAAUUAUUGAACAGUGUCCAACUACACUGCGAGACUCGCUACCAAUGACGAUCGAAACAGUAGUAGCUUUAUCCGACAUAAACGAGCACGGCACCCCUAAUGAAGCUUACUCAACCCUGAAGCACCUCACCAUUACAUAUCCAGUUGUGCUCGACUCCCUCAAAGAAUCAUUGCAUACCUGGCUUGCUUCAUUUCCAAGGACGAUGCAGGGAAAUGAUGAAACCUCCAAGCAAUGGGCCAUCAAGCAAAUCUCAACGACAUUCCAGAUACUCUCUCAGACUCAGUCUGGAUCGGAAAUUCUCACUGCUACUUUGGCUUCGGGAUUGUGUGACAGUGUCGUCGCUGCUGUUGCUUCUCCUAGGCAUUCUCUUCAACCUUUGAAUUACGAGGGGGCACAGACACUCAAAUUGGAAGUUCUCCAUCAGCAAGCGCUAUCCGAUGCAUUUCCACCCGUACUUCUUGAACACCGGAGUCAGCGAGACACACUCAAGGAUCUUGGACUGAUGAUCACCAAGCUAAAUAUGUCUGACUGCGGCGAUGAAAUUACACGUUCUAUAAUUUCUCGCGUUCAUCAUUCUGCUGAUAACACACUUCUUGGUACUUACUGGCUCGCAUUGAACUUUCUCAAAAAUAGAUCGCAGUCGAGCAGUGGGUUCGACGAUUUCAUAUGCUCGGACGUCGUUGACCUCUCACCUUUUGACCCUACUCGAGCAAAUAUGGCAGAGGAACUCUACUAUAUUUCUCUUCCCUUGUUGAAUGAAGCUCCAAAUGAAUCACAGGAUUGGCGGAUUUCAGCGCUCGCUUUGGAAGCAGUGGCAAUUCAGGCACAGCAGCUCGGUGAAGCAUUUCGUCCAGAGCUUAUGGACGCACUCUAUCCAACUAUCCAACUUCUUGCAUCUAACAAUUCCAGCUUGCAAAAACAUGCAAUGGCGUGCUUAAACGUCCUGACGAAGGCGUGCAAUUAUCCAGACACAAGCACCAUGGUAAUUGAGAAUGUGGACUAUCUUACGAACUCGGUAGCGCUCAAGCUGAAUACUUUUGAUGUGUCCCCUUACCCUCCUCAAGUUUUAUUCAUGAUGGUCAAGCUGUGUGGUGCAAAGUUAAUCCCCUACGUUGAUGACUUGGUCGAUUCCAUCUUCGGUGUGCUCGACAUGUAUCAUGGAUAUCCAAAGCUGGUGGAGACGAUGUUCAAGACUCUGGCCGCUAUAGUUGAGGAGGGUGCUAAAAGACCGGCUCUACUUUCUAUCACCAAUAAUGAUAAACUAGGUCCCAUCGAUCAUCAUAAAAAGCGAUAUCAAGGAUUGUCAGUGUCUCAGCUCGCCGAAGACCUUGCGGCGCAAAAGUCGAAGCAACUCAAGUAUGCCGAAGAGGACCUUGAAGAAGUCGACGGGAACAUCUCGCACCCGAAGCGCCCCUGGUCUUCCCAGAAGGAAGAGGAGAAAAAUCUCCCGCCCAGUUUCGAAGAAGAUUCCCUUGAAAAUCUGUUGAAGCAAGACGAUUCCGAUGAGCCAUUACCGGCACCUCGUGAACCGGACGACACCGAGAAACCACUCACCAAAGCACACAACAUCCUUCUCCAUAUUGUUAGAGCUAUCCCGUCGCAUCUCUCCUCGCCUUCUGCGUAUCUCCGCCGCUCGCUCCUCUCUAUUCUUCUGCAGGCUAUUCCUGUUCUGUCACAAAACGAAAAUAGCUUCCUCCCGUUUGUGAAUGAAGUGUGGCCAUCUGUUGCUUCCAGAAUAAACUUCCCUUCGAGUUUGCAGGGAACGGAACCACCCUCCAUGACAGCCAUGGUCAAGGAAUCGUCUACUACGCUUUCAAAACCAACUCCACAAAAGUCCGACGACAGCGGCUUCCAAGAGGAAGUCUUUGUGAUUGUAUCUGCAUGCAACACAAUAGAGGCCCUAUGCAAGGGAGCCGGUGACUUCAUGGCGACCCGCGUGGAAGCCGAAUUUCCCCGUUGGGAACGGCUGUACCGUCGAGCCUGGGAGAAAGUCAGUCAAGAUGCCGAGAAGGCGCUCGGACGACGAGCACAGCAUCAGCACCGAUCUCCUAGAAAUGGGUCUGGAGAAGAAGAAGAAGGCAUUGAUUUCCUGCCUACAUUGAAUAUUUUCUCAUCUCAGGCCAUAGCCCUUUCCGGCAGCGGCAGCGUCAGCGCCUGGUCUUCCUUCACCCCGCACCACAGUCUCUGGAAAGCCCUGACAUCCCUCUUUAUCACCCUGCUCACACACGUGCGUCUCCCCCUGUCGGCAGGCGACCAGAUUUGUGUCUUUCUGGCGGGUUGGAUCGCCCGCUUCGCCGGGUCGGAAUACUACUUCCGACAUAGUCAUGGUGGCGGUACACAUGCACACCUGCCGGAAAAGGAGGAGCUGAGCGACUCUCUCCGCGCCCAGAUCCAAGCGGUUGACGACUCAAUCCAUGCCAUGCAGGUCUGGAACGCGGAUUUGACCUGGUUUCUCUUCCAGAAGGAGAGAGCGCGGGUCCGGGAGAUCACUCAAGCACUUGUUCACAAGCAGACGGCUAGACCGGUGGCGGAGAUACACUCGGCCCCUGUUUUGGGGAUCCCUAACGUCAACUUUGCAGCGGUUGUAUUCUGA